UAUGGGUGACGUCACUUGCGCUGUGCUGCCAACAUGGCGACCGUGUAAUGUGGUUCAAAUGUGUGGAGCAUCAACAAAAUGAGGCUGUCCCGUUGCUUCAAUUUGGUUUUGGUUCGACGAAAGUGCAUCAUCUUUCCGAUACUGCUGAUCCUGUUGGUCGGUGCUUCUCUGACCUCCCUGCUGCCGUCUGCUGAGGAGCAUGGAGGUGCUGGGGUCCUGGGAGUGCUCCGCAGGGCAACCACACAAAAGAGGAGCCCUGGAGACGGCCAUGGCUUCGAAAACUCAGAGGACAAGUUUACCAUCAUCAUUCAAACCUACAACCGUACAGACAUCUUACUUAAACUGCUCAACCACUACCAGGCGGUGCCUCAUCUUCAGAGGGUUAUCGUGGUCUGGAAUAACGUGAAGGAACAGACGCCGGUGAAGUUAUGGGACUCCUUGGGCCCUCAUCCCGUCCAGGUGGUCUUUAAAGAGCAGAGGAGCAAUCUAAUGCGCAAUAGAUUGCAACCAUUCCCUGAAAUUGACACUGAUGCUGUGUUGAUGCUGGAUGAUGACACACUGGUUAGUGUUCCUGACCUCAUUUUUGCCUUUUCUGUCUGGAAGCAAUUUUCCGACCAAAUCGUUGGCUUUGUUCCACGGAAGCACGUCUCGACAGGGGGGGUGUUCAGCUACGGCAGCUUCGAGCUGCAGGACCCAGAGACGGCGGGGGGGGACCGGUACUCCAUGGUCUUAAUUGGCGCAGCUUUCUUCCACCGCCGCUACCUGCAGCUCUUCCAGGACCAGCCUCAAGCCGUCCGAGACCUGAUCGAUGAAACGCAGAACUGUGACGACAUCGCGGUGAACUUUGCCGUGGCGCUUUAUUUAAAAAGCGCUCGACCCUCUGGGGUGUUUGUCAAGCCCGUGGACCUCCGCAACCUGGAGAAAGAUGCCAGCAGUGGAUACCAGGGGAUGUGGAACCGUCCCGAGCACCUUCUCCAGAGGUCCUACUGUCUGAACAAGCUGAAACAGAUCUAUGGAGUCAUGCCGCUCUGCUACUCCAAUAUAAUGUUCUCCCAGUUUGGUUUCCCGAACUAUGCCAAUCACAAGAGCAGGGGCUGACAACGGGCCUAAUUUCUGCCUGUUUUCGGCUGAUUUAGUCACAGCUCAGGGUUCAGUUUGGUAAGUAUAUUUGGUUCAUGCUGAAAUUCUACAUCUUGUUUGGUGGUAUUCUACUUGAUUUAUAAAAAAAUGUCAGUGCCUUCAAAUUGACAGAUUUUGUUCUUUCUUUUGUUUAGUCUUUUAUAUUCCCGAACAUUGUCAGACGUCAGUUGAUUGGAAGUUUGUGGACUUACGUUUUUCCUGGAUAAAACACAGUAUUUGAAAUCAGUAAUAAUUAGCUGUGGGAAAACGUCCUUUUCCUCAGUGCGCUUAGUGCAUUUAACUCACUCUUAAAUCAGAAGAUGUUGGGCUGAGAAGCACUUUCCACUUGUAUCUAAACGUGAUCAUAAAAUGCACAGAAAUAAUAAGACAUCCUUGGACUAAAAGGUAGGUCUGUGAUUAAAAUCUAACAAUUGAUAAUGGUAAUAUGUAAAAAAAAAAAUAAUAUUCUAAUGUAUGUUUCCUGUAUGUGCAGACCAUUUUCAAACGGUUACAUUUGUUAUUAUAAAUGUCUGAUGUGAUUCAAUUCAAUAAAGAUUCUCUUUAUAGGAUCAGAGCCGGUGACAGAAUUUUAAUUGAAGCUUCUUGGAAGCACUGAUGUAGAAGUGCAUUUAAUAAAAACAAAUAAAUAAAAAAAAGACUCCAUAUUGUUGCUUUUAAUUUCUGACCAAAUAUGGCUCCAAUUUUUGCCCUCUUCUGCAUUGGGUUGUCAUUCAUUUAAGUUCACAACCCUAAGAGGACGCUGCCAAAUGCCCAAAAAACUAAACAAAAGAUUUUGGUAAAGCCGCAGAAUUAAACUUGAAUGAAUGUAUCCUCCUCAGGCCAUUACUGUUUUUAUAUCAACAACCUGACUCACAAACCUUUACCUGUCAAGGCUCUUGCUUUUUCAAAAGUUUAGUUAAAUAAAGCCUAACAGAAGUUGAUUAAUCUGCAGCUAAACGUUAAGAUAUCUGUGGAUUAGACUUCCCUCUCAUCUCCACAAUAGAGAAAUCGUGUUACUGAACUGCAGUUUUAAUGACAUAAAAUCUGAUUUUCUCAAUCACUUUAUAUGAUUGCCAAGGUUUCCUGUCCAUCAAAAGCUGGACAACUAUAACAUUUUUAUUUUAAGGAUUAAACAUCUCUGCAAUACGAACAGAAGGGAAAGUUAGGCUUUAAUUUGAUAUAAAGCUUAGUACUUCUAUUUUAGGAAGGUUAGCAAAGUACACAUGAUUUUACAUUUACAAAAGAAAAAACACUAAUUGUGCAUUGCAGCAGCAGCACCUGAUAAUUGUCUGUUAAAACACCCAUGUAUUGUUAAAAGUUCCUUCAUCAACCUUAGAAAACAAUAUGUAGAUGGGAGACGUCCUAAAUAUUAGAGCCAAAGCCAAAUGCAAAGUUUAAGCAAUUUGGGCUUCAUCCCUGAUUUCCGAGGAGUCUUAUGUCAGUGUACAUUCACAGCCAGCCCAACCUUCAUAAAUACACUGUGCUGUACCCGGGUAAAAUGAUCUGAGGUUAAACCUCUUGCGUCUCCUCAGCCAUAGUAUGCUCCAGACUGCUGUGUUUGGUUCUCUGGUGAUGUAGACUUAUGAUGGAAUAAAAUACUGGGCUACAGACAAUUUGGUUUAGGUUUCUACCUCCCCUUUGUGUGAAUUUGGGAGACAUUCGACAUGAAUAAAACCACAGACAAAACACACUGAAGUAGGUUUUAAAAAAGCCAAUAUGGCCUAAUUAAUGUUUUGUUUUUUUAACAUCACCAAUAAAUCAUCUUAACUCUGAUCUGUACCUUUGGAUGGAGAACUAUAUAUAUAU